AUUUAUCGGGUUUGGAGGGGCGUAGAAAGGAGGCCAUAUUGUACAGUUAAAUUGAAAGAACGAAAAUAAUUAUAUCAUCGUAUAGUCGUGCUUGUUUCGUUUCAUAUUUUUUCUACCGUACAUAUCCACGUAGGUGUUGUACGUACGCCUGUGUUCCGAUAUCUAGGUAUCGUCCGUCAGUCUACUAAAGGGGUUUAUUGCUCCAGACGAGAUGGGCACUCGGGAUGACGAAUAUGAUUAUUUAUUUAAAGUUGUUCUUAUUGGUGAUUCUGGUGUAGGAAAAAGUAAUCUUUUGUCAAGAUUUACGAGAAAUGAAUUCAACUUGGAAUCAAAGUCGACUAUAGGAGUUGAAUUUGCUACGCGUAGUAUACAAGUAGAUGGGAAAACUAUUAAAGCUCAGAUUUGGGACACAGCAGGACAAGAGCGUUAUCGUGCUAUUACAUCUGCGUACUAUCGUGGUGCGGUUGGGGCUCUGCUGGUGUACGAUAUCGCGAAGCAUUUGACGUACGAAAAUGUGGAGAGAUGGUUACGAGAAUUGCGGGACCAUGCUGAUCAAAACAUCGUUAUUAUGUUGGUGGGAAAUAAAUCUGACUUAAGGCAUCUACGUGCGGUUCCAACCGACGAGGCGAAAGCGUUCGCGGAGAGAAACGGCCUCUCUUUUAUUGAAACUUCUGCUUUAGAUUCUACAAAUGUUGAAACAGCAUUUCAAAAUAUAUUAACAGAAAUCUACAGAAUCGUAUCGCAGAAACAGAUACGCGACCCACCCGAAGGUGAUACAAUCCGGCCACAAAACGUAGAACCCAUCGACGUGAAGCCAACAAUGAACUCAGAGGGAAUGCGCAAGCAGUGCUGCCAGUGACUCACCUUGCUGCUUAAAAUAAGGACAUACAAAGAGGCAGAGGGAAAAAGAAAAGUGGUCGACGGUAAACGUAACAGGUGCAAACAGUACAAGAAUCAAGACUAUUUACGAAUAUAAGUAUACACUGAUUACUGGUUUCCCAAAUAAUCCGGCGUUCUGGAUGCAAAAUAGACUGUUUUUUGGCUCCGUUAUUUUAUGGAAGCGGAUAUUAAUAGUAGUACUUAAAAGAAAACAUCGGUACAAUUUUGCCCUCAACAGUCGCUUCAAUUCGAUUGAAACAUAUUACUAUUACUGCUGUUAUUAUUACUGCUACUACUAAUAUUACUACUACUACUACUACUAUUACUAUUACUACUACUAUUACUAUUAUUAUUAUUAUCACCACUACUAGUAUCAACGUCGCCACCGUCAGUAUCAUUAAAUCAGCCUUUUUUGACCAUGGAACAAACAAAUUUUUAUUAUUAUUUGUAUGCUUUAGUUGAAAAUGUAAUAGGAAAGAUUGAUAUCAUAGACUCCUCAAGUUCCUUCGGAUUAUUUGGGAAAUGAAUGAUGAGAAUCGGGGAAAAUAUAGCGACACGUAUAUACAAUAGCUGGAUACGUUGGAGUAAAGAAUACCAUAGACACGAUCAUACAACCCAAAAAUACAUCAUCAGAAAUAUUUACGAAGGACGAAGAUAUGCAUAUGCACUAAUUCUGUCCCCAAAAUUCAUCCUGCCUCUCUCCCUUCCUCUCUAAUCUCUCGCCACUAUCUUUAUCUCUGAUAUGUUACAAUAAGUCAGUGUUGUAUUACUGCUUCUUUAUAAUACAUAUGUUAUUCUACUUGACACGUAGAAGCGAACGGUUUAUAAACGUUACACAAAAGAAAUGUGUCUGAAAUACUUGGUCGCAUCUUGGAGGGGUGCAUACUUUGUGAGUCACAGGGAUGAAAAGAGUGUACCAUGGGUGUCGAAAGUGAUGAUCUUCAUAAAGGAAUUCCCAAAGUGUACUAAAAAGUGCAAGUGAAUGUUCACAAUUAAUUAUAGAUUAACAACUAUAUAUUCUUCCAUAAGUGAGCUGAGUAAGAGAUUGUACGAGCAAAUUAGUCACCUGAAAUUAUAUCCACAGUGCAUCAACUUGAUGACAAAGAUUGGAUCAAAAGAUGCAAGCAAUAAUUAUUUGUUAAGUAGCAAAGCAUUAGUAUUAAUAUCUUUUUGGUUUUUGAUCUUACGACUGAUGAUGUAUCAUUAUUCCAAAAUUUGGCCGAAUGUUUCAGAGACAGUCUAUAUUAUAACACAAGUGAAGUCUUGCAGUUUAAGUAUACAGGUGCACGAUUAUAGAAGAAGACAAAUAAGAGAACGAGAUAGAAGAAGCUUAACGAGAGCAACUGAGGAAGAAAACAAAAAAUGAAAAAAAAAAAGAAUUAAAUCGGACUUGAAACACUUUUAUUGUUGCUCACUCUCUGCUUUCGAAUUUGCACCGUAGCGUUGACCUUGAAAUACGAUAAGCAGCUUAUCCAUUUUUUAAACAAACAAAAGAACACUUUCUCCGAAGGUAUUCUUUUUUUCCAAGUGGAAAAAAGCUGAGAAGUAAGAGAACUGAAAGAACGAAGGAAGAAUUGAAAUUUUGGCACAGGAAUUAACGAAUUCAAAUUUUGACGCGUAUCAUAAAAGUGAUAAUACACGAAAGUACACUAUUUGCGAGAUUAUAUCGUACUUUCUAGGCGUCUAAUAAUUAUCGCUUCGAUGUGUGUAGCCGCAAUGUAAUCUGUUAUCGUUACAAGUCCUCGUUGUAUCUUGAUGAAUAAAUAGAGAGUGAGUAAAA